AGUGAUGUCAUCUCCGUGCGACAGUUGAGUCCUCCGAGUUCACCAUGGCUGAAGCUGAACCACAGAAAGUGAUCAAGUUAGUUCCUGAGUAUCUCCUGAAAAAGAGGAAAGCAUACCAGGCCAUUAAAGCCACUGAAGCCAAGCGAGCACUGCUUGAGAAGAGAAAGGUAGCAAGAGGCAAACCGUUAAAGUUCAAGCGGUUGGAAGACUUCUUGAAAGACAGCCACAAGAAGCACCGUGAUGAAUCUCGCCUCGCCAGAUCUGCACGCAGACCACCUCCCCCUCUGCCUCCUGCUAAGAACAAGCUAGCCUUCGUUGUCCGCAUCAGAGAAAUUAAAGGUGUCAGUGCCAAAGUGAUGAAGGUGAUCCGCAUGCUGCGACUGAGGCAGAUCUUCAGUGGGACCUUCGUCAAAAUCAACAAGACCUCUAUAGCCAUGAUGAAGACGGUGGAACCUUACGUGGCCUGGGGAUUUCCCAACUUGAAGUCAGUCCGUGAACUCAUUCUGAAGCGAGGACAGACCAGGAUUGGAAAGAAGAAAGUUCCUCUCACAGACAACGCUUUCAUCGAGCAGCACAUGGGUCAACAUGGCAUCAUCUGUUUGGAGGACCUGAUUCAUGAGAUCUACUCCGUUGGUAAGGGCUUCAGGGCUGCCAAAAACUUCCUGUUGCCUUUCAAGCUGUCAGUGGCUCGUCAUGCUGCCAGGGAUAAGGCUGGGCUCCUGAAGGACCUGGGGAACCCUGGAUUCCGCAAUACAGACAUUAACUCUAUCAUCAGACAACUGAACUGAAAAUACAUAAAAGAUGGACACUCGGCAGCAUCUAUAUGGAUAAUGCUUUUUUCCUCAGUGAGCAAAUGGCAACGAAAUUUCUUGUUUUUUUGGCAAAGAAGCUCAUGGGUUAGUUACACCCAUAUUUAAAUUUUACAUUUCUCUCUACCACCUGUAUCACCUGUUCUUUUUGUAAGAAGCUGAGACAUUAGAAGGCUCUAAAGUUUGAGGAAUAAUAUCACACAGUGCCCCGCCUAUGGAAGCAGUUGGACUCUGUGUGUAAGAAGUGUAAGUCUUUCGAAUUACUUUUGAAAUGUUAAAUGUGUUCUGUUGUUCUGUUGAAGGGUGCUUGGUGUCUUCACGUAGUAUUCCUCAAGUUGUUGGAGGAAUGGACCAAUACUUGCUAAUGGAAUCAUUAGGCCAGGCUGUCCUGCAGGAGACAUCAAACAGACACCAUUUACUACAUUUAGUAGUUUUCAGUGUGAAAAGGUUCUUUGAAAUCUGUGUAACAUUGAUUCUUUGUGAAUACACCUUGUUUUUACAAUUAAAAAGCCAAAAUAAUUAAGUACUUCUGCUCUCUGGUUUCUACAGGGAACAUGAUCUGUGAAAUUUAAAAAACCAAAAGUAGUUCAAUGGUUACAAUGUAUGCAUUGACUCAAGUACUGUGCUUAACCCUCCUGUACUCUUGGGCUCCUUUUUGACCCCAAAUCAUUUUCAAUAUAUCAUUAAUAUAGGUUAACUUUCAUAGAAUUUGAAAGCUUGAAAUUUACAGCAUAUGUGCCCCUCUGCAUCCUUUAUAGAUAAUAUAAAUUUCAACUUUCUUCAUACAUUUUUACGUGUUUUAUACAUUUUUAUAACACCCAUGGUCCUCAGGGGUCAAAAAGGACCCCAUGACAUCGUACUGGUUUUAGGACAUGUAGAAAAUAAUAACCAAUUUUUUUUUUCACCUUUUAACCCUCUGGGGUCUGAGCCUAUUUUGGCCAUUUUUUAAUACUUGUGAUUUUGCCCUUGAUGUACCACAUAAAAAAUAUUUACUAUA